CUCCAUUUGCAUUAUAUCUAAAGAAACAAUGGGUAACAGUUAAUUUACUAGCUGUCAGUUGCUGUUGUUAUUGUUAUUGUUUAGCGCCGAAAAGUAGUUUCAUUGGUAACGAAUAAUACGCCAUAAAUAUCUUUCAGUCUAAUGCAGCCAUCUACUUCCCCUCUCCUUCUCUUUCUCCGCUUCAUACACAUAAAAAAUGAACACCAAUGUGGAAAUCGCACCUGCACAAACUCAAGUGGAAAUCGACAGGGCAUACAUCGAAUCCGAAAGCUCGCAAUGCAAAAUAGACGACUGGCAUUACGAAAUGCGACGAGAAAUGCAAGAGGUCUUGCCAGGUCUCUACCUCGGUCCAUUUUCGGCUUCGCGUAAUGUCCAACGACUGCACGAAAUCGGGAUUACGCAUAUUCUUUGCUUUUUAGAUCAAAACGAACAACGUUUGUUUCGAACAGAGAACAUUGUGAAUCAUUUCAACUUUUGGGCGGUGGAAGUAUCUGACUCGACAACACAAAACCUCAUUCCGUUGUUCCCGCUCGCAGCAGGCCAUAUCAAUGAAACUUUGGUUCAGGGUGGCAAGAUCUUGGUCUGCUGCAACGGUGGGAUGUCACGGAGUCCGUCGUUUGUGAUUGCUUUCAUCAUGCAGGCCUAUGAUUUGAACGCUUCACAGGCAUACCAAUAUGUCCAGAACAGACGGCUGUGCAUUAAUCCUAAUGAUGGAUUCAAAAGUCAGCUCAGUGAAUAUGAGCCAAUAUACAAAGCAAGAAAAUCAAAUGGCGGGGAUACGCAGCAACAGCAAUUCCAACAGCAACAGCGACGGCGCCGGCGAUCGUUAGGCUUUGAUGAUGAUAUGGUGGAGAAUGGGGUGGGUCAAUACAUGCGGACGGGUGGAGAACUCAAGCGACGCACAACAGAAGCAGCAAGUGAAGCAGACAAUGUAGUGGGUCCAGGUGUUUCAGGCAUGGCUUUGCAGUAAAGCAAGAUACGAUACCUUUUUCUUUUCCUUUGUACAUUCUUUUUCGCUCUUCUUCCUCUCCAACACUAAUUCUUUUCUACGCUACUCUGCUCUACUUCGUUACGACCGACACACUUCGACUAAAAGUCGCUUUUACCACCCUUACUACAUACCUAGCCUCAUACAGAGUAUCUAUCUGCAGAAUACGACUCAAAACAAAACAAUGUAUUGCCGUUUACACUGGUUAAUUAGGGAAAUAUAUAUGUUGCAGCGAUGAAAGACG